AUGACACCUAACAAAUAUUCUAAGAAUGAUUUACAACCAUAUGUCAUUUAUGUUUACUCUGACAAGGCAGCCCCUAUUCAUUUUUCUGUAUUAUCUCGUAUAAUAUCAGAUUCAAUCAAGAAUGACAUCCUUCUUAUUAAGAGGCUAGGCGCUGGCAAGGCCAUCAUAGAGGCCAAAUCGGCUGAUGCUGCUAAUCGUUUACUAUCUAAUCCGGUGUUCGAAAAAAAUAAAUUACAUGCUUUCAUUCCAUCUUUUAAAGUCCUCCGCACGGGUAUUCUUAAGGGAAUCGACCAGGCUAUUUCAACGGAAUGCGUAAAAGAAAAUUUAACCUCUACGAUCAAAAUACUAGACGCUCAGCGUUUGAACAGACGUCAAACGCUCCCAAAGGAGGUGGUUUUCUUCAACGCCAUCUAUAAGAUAGAGCCAUUCGUUCCUAAGCCAAAGUUAUGCUACGCAUGCUACAGAGUGGGACAUCUUGGUCGAGACUGCAAAAGUACCAGACCACGCUGCUUAUUUUGUGGAACCUCCAAGGAGGAUGAUCACUCUUGCUCCGAACAACAAGAGCAACCCAAAUGCAUCAAUUGCGGGGGGGAUCAUCUGGCAAUUUCGUACUCGUGCCCUAUCAUAAUCAGGCAUAAAUCCAUACUUGGAUUAGCAGCGCAGGAAAAUAUCCCGCUUGUGGAAGCUAGAAGAAUAGUAGCUACCAAUAAUCCUACCCCUUUACCCUCCUAUAAUAUCAUUCAAGACUUCAGGAAUUUUCCCUACUUAAAAACUAAAUCUUCUUCUUCUUUUUUCCCUUCGACAGCUUCUCCUUCCGAUAUAAAUAAUUCCAAUUUUUCCUCUUUACCCACCUCCAAUCGCUUUCAACAUUUAAAUGAUCUCGGGGAUCCCUCUUCUCAUUUUCCACACGGGAGCUACGCCAGCGUCACAGCAACGUCAUUGCAGACGACUUCUGGUCAAGGACAAGGUCAUCCGGGUCCUUCUAAAGGAAAACCAACUAUACGAGGAAUAGAAUCUGUUGCAGGAAGAUAUAAAAUUGCCUCGACCCCCUACUCUACCGGCGUUCGAACAUCACGCCCGAUUAAUAGGUCGGGAUAUUCCGAAGAACAUAAAAAAUUAUUGUCGACACCUAAUGGACAUAGCAAGAUAUACCCUGACGAGGUGCAUACGGGCGGAGGUCCCAAGGGAAGUCAUAGCUCUGCCUUAACUAACGAAGACUCAUCAACAACGAAGGAGAAUGAGAGUAUAGAUCAUCUAAGAGAUCAAACUAGACUACUUCUGCCAGAGAACCAACGCCAUCCCCGUACAGUUAUCGCGCCCAGCGAUAAGAAGGAUCCUCCUUGGUGGAACGAAGAGUGUUCCAGGGCCAUUUUAAACCGCAGAGCUGCUGCGAAGACUUACCAGCGAUGUCCUUCCUUGGAAAACUUCCUAGCGUUCAAGAAAUCCAGAGCAGCUUGUUCCAGGACCUUGUAUAAAGUUAAGAAGAGACAGUGGAGGAAAUUCGUAGAAUCCAUUGACAAUGAGACUCCUACAGGUGAAAUAUGGCGUCUUAUUAAGGCCUUUAAAAGGCGUAACUUAGCGGAAUCUUCUAACACAAUUUUAGACGACUCAAACCAUUGUGCUCAGCUGGAAAAGGCGAAAGAAAAAAUUUGUCCUCCUUUCUGUCCGCCGAACAUUACCAUAGGAUUAGACUCGAUGAUUGCGGAAGACAAGCAUCGCUCGGGGAGACUCUUUACUCACCUGGACGCGCCGUUCUCCACCAAGGAACUCCACUUGGCCAUCUCCCAAUCUAGAAAACAAUCUUCUCCGGGGAUAGACCAGAUUAGUUAUAUUAUGAUCGACGCUCUACCAGCCAAAUAUAAGGACCAUCUGCUUAACCUUUUCAAUCAAUUUUUAGAGAAAGGUGUCAUACCUCCAUCCUGGAAGACAGCGCUAGUCAUAUUCAUCCCGAAAGCGAACAGUGAUGGACUACGACCGAUCACGCUGCUCUCCUGUGUCCUCAAGAUAUUUGAAAGGAUCAUCUAUUUGAGACUUCAAUGGCUGGUAGAAUCUCAAGCUAUUCUGCCCAACGAACAAAUGGGCUUCAGGCCGAAUAGAUUUUGCUCGGACAGCCUGAUUACUCUGACAAAUGAAAUUCAGACAAGCUUCCUCAAAGGAGAAGUAAUAGCGGCGGCCUUUCUUGAUAUUACAGGGGCUUUCGACAACAUACUACCGGAGAGAGUUCUGUCCGAGCUAAGAGAGGUGGGAGUGCCUGCUGGAAUUCGCAAAUUCGUGGAAAACACACUCACACACAGAACGAUUCACUUUGUGGAGGAUGGUCGUCUCAGCGAAGCGUUUUUAGUAAAUAAAGGAACCCCGCAAGGUUCUACCUUAAGUCCGUUGUUAUUUAAUAUCAGCUUACGGCAAAUGGACCUCCAACUGCACCCGGACACCCGAUUUCUGCAAUAUGCGGAUGAUAUUGUGAUCUACUCAGCCUCUCGACAUGCUGGAGAUGCGGUUAACAGCCUGCAGUUUUCCCUCAACACAGAAUAACAGUGCGAGGCGACUAAUUAGAGAGCAAAAUCUAUUAAAGGCAUACAUCAACACUCAACCUAUCGAAAGAGUGUACAAUGUCAGAUUCUUGGGCAUCAUUCUGGAUUCCAAUCUUUCCGGGAAGGCACACUUUGAAUAUUUGAUCAAGAAAGGAAGGAGUCUAAUCAACAUACUGUCAUCCCUGGCCGCCGUGUGGUGGGGCUCCCAUCCUCAGCUCCUCCUCACCUUAUAUAGGGCAGUAUUCAGAGGCUCUAUCGAAUAUGGCUGUCAGAUUUUUAUUCUGCAUAAUAAAAAAACAUUACUUUUACAAUUCGAAAGACUUCAGUACAGAGCUAUCAGACUUGCUAUGGGUUACAGACAGUCUACGCCUAUCAACGUUAUCUUGCAUGAAGCCAGAGAGCUACCGCUUAAACUCCGUUUCGCCGCUCUGUCUGAGAGACUAGUACUCAAAGCCACGUCCAUUAAUAAUGGACUCGUUUUAUGCAGUCUUACAUCCAUGGAGGCGUCUCUAUG